AGAGUUAGGGUUUAUCGAGCUAGGGCGAAAUUGGAGCGGAGCUAUGGUGUCGACGCCGACGGUAGCGGGCGCCGUGCUGGGCCUGGCGAUUCAGCUCUACUGCAACGGCAUGCGAAAGCUUCCACUGAUGCGCCAUCCAUGGGAGCACGUCCUGUUCAUGGGGAUCGGCGCCUACGCCAUCAACGAGCUCGUGGCGUGGGAGUAUCGCACGGAGGCCGCUCUGGAGAAGAAGAAGGCGGAGCUUCUCCGGAUCAACAAGAACAGGCCAGUCGAGUCCCUUCCCAGGAUUUUCUAGAGCUGUGAGCCUCGAGUUCUUGUAAGAAAUGUUGACAUGGCAGUCGGAUCCUGCUGCUCGUUUCGCCCAAAAA